UUACUUUACAUUUCAGCAAUCAUUUGGGGAAGAAUCUACAGUUGCUGAUGGACAGAGUGGACGAAAUGAGCCAAGACAUAGUCAAAUACAACACAUACAUGCGCAAUACUAGUAAACAACAGCAGCAAAAACAUCAGUAUCAGCAGCGUCGCCAGCAGGAGAAUAUGCAGCGCCAGAGUAGGGGAGAGCCCCCGCUCCCCGAGGAAGACCUGUCCAAACUCUUCAAGCCUCCCCAGGCCCCUGCCAGGAUGGAUUCAUUGCUCAUUGCAGGCCAGAUUAACACUUACUGCCAGAACAUCAAGGAGUUCACUGCCCAAAAUUUAGGCAAACUCUUCAUGGCCCAGGCUCUUCAAGAAUAUAACAACUAAGAAAAAAAAGUUUCCAGAAAUGAAAUUAACGUGGACUCUUAAGAUUGCACCAGAGCAACUCUUGGAAGAAAUACGUUCACAUUUUGAAAAAGCACAGAAGGUUUCUUUCAUGUAAUUGCUGUCUUUGGCUGAAUGUCUUUCUAGCCAAUAAUAAAAUAAAACAAAAUCUUGACUGUUUUCAUUUGGUUUUACAUGCGUUUAUUUUGUUUGUACGUGCUUACUUCCAAAAGAUAAAACAAAUCUUCACCAAAAGCUUCCCAGGCUCUGACCUAUAACUUCCACCACUGUUCCUUCUCAGGUACCAUUUUUCAGCCAUAAGGUCCAGGGCUGUGAAUUCCAACUCCCACCAGAAGGCUGUGGCACCUAACUGUUAUUUUAUGCUUCAUGUACUUGCCCAACACCUCUUGUCUCCAGG